UUGACACUUGGCAGAUGUUACACUGACAGUUCGAUACUCAAUACAAGCACAGUUGAAUUAGAGCGAAGUGAAUUGAUUGAAUUGAAUCUAUUGAGGAAUAUAGAUAAUUAUUCUUCAUACCACAAUUCGCACAAACAGAAACUAUGAAAUGAUUACAAAAUAUGUAACAAGUUAAAAAUAAAAAUAUAAAAUGGCACUAUACGAAGGAAUUGCUCUUAUUCAAGAGAAGCAAGCAGUCGUGUUGGAUCUCGGCACCGAUUACACGAAGUUCGGGUUCACCGGCGAGGCGGCGCCGCGCUGCAUCGUGCGCUCCGAGUUCUGGAGCGCGGCCGAGCGCCGCGUGCGCCGCCUGCACGACUACGCCACGCCCGACGAGCUCUACGACAACCUCGUGCACAUGCUGCAUCUGCUCUACUUCAGACACGUGCUGGUCAACCCGAAGGAGCGCAAGGUGGUGGUAGUGGAGUCGCUACUUACCCCCACAUUGUUCCGCGAGACCCUGGCCAAGGUGCUGUUCACACACUAUGAGGUGUCAGGCGUGAUCUGGGCGGACAGCCCGCGGCUGUGCGCCCUCACGCUGGGCACGCCGGCCGCGCUCGUCAUCAACAUCGGUGCCAAGGAGGCCGAGGUGGCCGCAGUGGUGCACUCGUGCGUGGUGCUGCAGGCGCUGGUGGCGCAGCCGCUGGGCGCGCACGCCGUACACGCCGAGCUGGCGCGCCUGCUGGACGAGGACAACGGCGCCACGCUCGACCUGCCCGACGACGUCAUCGAGGAUAUCAAAGUGAAGACCUGUUUCGUGAGUCCGCUGGAACGCGCGCUGCAGUGGGGCUCGGAGUCGCCGCCGCGCGCGGCGCGCAGCGUGCGCUACAGCUGCGGCGCGCGCGGCAGCGUCACGGUGACGGGGCGCGCGCGCGAGCUGGCCGCCGAGCCGCUGUUCGCGCGCGACCACGAGCUGGCCUCGCUGCCCGACGCCGUGCUGCAGAGCCUGGCGCGCUGCCCGCGGGACGCGCGCCGCGCGCUGGCCGCCAACGUGGUGCUGGCGGGCGGCGGCGCGGCGCUGCCCGGCCUGCGCGCGCGCCUGGCCGCCGAGCUGCGCCGCCUGCGCGCCCAGCCGCCCUACGCCGAGCGCCUGCACGUGGACGAGUUCCGCUUCCACGAGCCGCCGGGGCACGGCAACGCGCUGGCGUGGCUCGGCGGCGCCGUGCUGGGCGCCAGCGAUGCGGGCGCGGCGCGGGCGCUGGCGCGGGAGCAGUACGCGCGCGAGCCGCGCCUGCGCGACUGGGUCUGCCUGCUAGACAACACGCCGCCGCACCACCCCCACCGCGCCUACCUCGACAUCUAGCUGCGCCAGCCUGCUGGACAACACUAGCACACAAGCCCGCAGCGCUCCGCCUGCACUCCACCGCAGCCCUAUAUAAAGUCGCACCGCAUCCACACACAUGCAGCGCCGAAUCAUAAAGCACUAUUGAGUAAUUCCUAAUAUAUCAGCUUUUGAGUUUGUUAAUUCAUAAGUAAUAAAAUAUUUUAAUAU